AUGACUCUGGUCAACUUCCUGACAGCCACUGUGCUGUUUAUUCUGGCCGCACUCAGCCAGAGCGCUGCAGCCAUUGACAAGUUGCUUCUCAGUCAGAUUGUUCUUGCAAAAGUCAACUACUAUCGAGCACUUAGCGGUGCUGCACCAGUCAUCUGGAAGGAUGUUAAUUCUUUGGUAUCCGGUCUCGAAGCCAACAACUGCUCGGUUACCUACGAUUACUGGGAUGAUAAGGGUCGAAUCAUCUUCUCCAUUGGUAGACAAGACAACCAAUUCCCGGAUACCGUAAAUGGCAGUUACUUCGCCGUCGACCACUGGUGGGAGCAGCGAAAGCUGUACGAUCCUAAGUCCGGCGAAUACGACGAACUACAACCUUUCUAUGACACAUGGGAGUUCACUCAGAUGGUCUGGUCUGCAAGCACAAACAUCGCUUGUAGCUGGGGUGUGUCGGAAUGUGAUGUUCCUGCGGAUCAGGUUGUCGCUAAUGUCACUAAAUAUCUUCAGUUCGUGUGCAACAUGGAACCUGCUGGGAACAAGUGGGAGCAAUUCUACGCAAACGUACACUGCCCCGAUUGUACUGGAGUCGAACCACAAACUACCACUAUUGAUCCUUUGACUAUCUCUUUCGAGGGUGAGAAGAAGCGAGCUGCACGAUCUGUACCAACACCUCCAGCGAAGAUAUCCUACAGCGACGAGCAGCUCGCUGAGCUGAAGGCUGAAGUCGAUCGUGUCGAGCAAUACAGAUACCUUUCUCCCGAGGAAGUUAUGGGUCCAGACUUCAUACCUGGAUGGUCAAAUGCAGGCAUAAAUGCAAUGUUGGCCAAAGAAGGCAUAUUCGCCGACAUGGACACCACAGAGAUGGAGGAUAUGGUUCACAGUCUUCGAGCGAAGACCCUUGGCAGAGCUGCAGAUGAUCCAAAGCAGAAGCGAGAUGCUCCUCCUUCAGGAGAGGCAGGAAAGGCGUGGGGAAACCACUACAUCAGCACUGUUAAUGCCUGGCGCAAGCAACACGGUCAGCAGACCCAACUCUCGAAAUGA